AUGCUUUGCGUGCGACAAUUCAUUCGCAAACAUUGGGCCAAGUACCACAAGAUGUCUGGCUCCCCCCUCCUCCUCUCCAUUUUCCACCCUUACUGCACCUCAGGCGGUGGCGGUGAACGAGUUCUCUGGACGGGUGUCAACGCCCUACUCCGGCACCGGCCCCACCUCCUAAUCUUCAUCUACACCAACGAUUCCGACUGUCUCACCGCUCCCUCCUUCGUCUUCCAACACGUCCGCAAUACCUUCGAUAUCGUCGUGAAAGACGAGGCCCGUAUCCACUUCGUUCCUCUCCGAAGUGAGCCUCUUCUCCGGCCCGUACUCUACCCCUUCCUUACUCUUGCUGGCCAGGCCAUUGGCUCUCUCGUUGCGGGCUUUGAAGCCCUCAUCCGUCUUCCAUCCGACAUCUACCUGGACACUACGGGUUUCGCCUUCACCCUUCCUCUCUUUGCCUGGCUUCUCGGUGCGAGGUGCGGUGCUUACGUCCAUUUCCCCACUGUCUCCUCCGAUAUGCAACGUCGUGUUGCGGCACGUACCUCUGACAGUGCGACAAGCUACAAUAAUGCGGCACGAAUCCGCAGGAGUAGAGUACUAACCAUUCUCAAACAAUUCUAUUAUGUGCUCUUUCGUUUUGCCUAUGGUUGGGCUGGGAGUGCGGUGAAUUGUCGCCUCGUGGCGGUGAACUCGACAUGGACGCGGCGACACGUCGCAGAGCUGUUUGGCACGCAACCUUACCUCCUCUACCCACCAUGUCCACGUAGAGUGGAGGAGAGGGUGGGUGGAGAGAAACGCAAACCCUGGAUCAUAUCGAUUGGGCAGUUUAGGCCGGAGAAAAAUCAUAUGCUUCAGUUGAAAGCGUUUGAGAUCUUCUUGAAGUGCAUAUCAGGAGACAAAAGUCCGUACCGCCUCAUAUUAAUUGGCGGUUGCCGCCACACCGGUGAUUAUAAGCGAGUGCAACGUCUACGGGAAGCAGCAAGACAGAUGGGGUUCUCAGAUCGGCAAGUGGUCUUUGAGGUAAACCCGCCCGCCUCGAGAGUGAACCAAUACCUUGCAGAAGCCACCAUCAAUCUCCAUACUAUGGUUGACGAGCACUUCGGCAUUGGGGUUGUGGAGGGUAUGGCAGCUGGCUUAGUGACGGUCGCACAUAGAUCCGGUGGACCCUUGAUGGACAUAAUCGGUCCUGCGUUGGCGCAACCAGGAGUUGACCCGGGCAUGGUGAAUCCGACCCCUGUGGGCUAUCUGGCUGUGCGGCCUGAAGAGUACGCCGAGGUCUUUCGUUACGUCCUUGUCGAAGCCACGCCCAACCAAUUGGAACCUCUUCGGACUGCCGCAAGGCAACGCGCACAAACACGCUUCUCGGAGGAAGUCUUUUGCAAGGGGUGGCUCAAUUAUGUCGAGAAACUAGGUGUGUGA